AUGAAGUUCUUCGAAAACGUUUUCAGCUACGACUAUUCCUUCCCUGCUGUCUCUCUGGCUUAUUUUCUCCGUUAUCCCAACCCUUACUCCCGUCAUGUCCUCACGACCGAUGUCAUCGACCGCUAUGUUGACCCGGAAACUCAACGACUCCACACCACCAGGCUUCAUCUGAAGAAGUCCAAAAUCCCUUCUGCCAUGCUCAAACUCCUUCCCAAGGGCAUUGGCGGAUCGGACAAUUCCGGUCAGAGUUUCAUCCUCGAAACGAGCGUCGUUGAUCCCAAAGAAGGAUGGAUGAAGACGGAAUCCCGCAAUAUGGAGUGGACGGGCAUCUUGAGCGUCGUUGAAAAGCAAUUCUACCAGCGACAGCCCGCCCUGGAUGGUAGCCAGGACCUUGCCGGUCUCUCGAUCGACCAGAAGAAAGAUGAGCGAACAACGGUCAAGACGACAGUCACCUUCCUGUCGAGACUCGGACAAGGCAAGCUACUCGGACAUAAGAGGAAGCCUGAGUUGCCGCCUACCGGAGCCGACAGUGAGAGCGAGGAGGACGUUCCCAAGCAAGGUUUCUUCAGCUCGUGGUCCACGGCCGGUCUUCAGCGAACUAUUGAGCUGAUCGGCGUCAAGAGGACCCGCGAUGCCAUCCUGAAGAGCAAGCAGGGAAUGAACGUUGUGCUGGAGCGUUUGCGGAGCGGGGGAAUAGUCGGUGUUAUGGAAGGCAUGCGACAGGACCGCGAGGCGACUUCCGGCCCGGAAGGCCCCUGGAAGCGCGUCUGGCUGCAGGGCAACAACCUCAAAGAAACGGCCUAUCUCGAAGACGACGACAAUUAA